GAAACAUUGAUAUCGGACAUGGGCAGAUUCCUGUGGGAAUGGCAAUGAAUAUUCUACAACAUGGACAAUUUCCUUUAAGAGGAGUUGUAAACAACUUAAAUCCAGUAAAUGAAAGAGAAUGGACGGGACAAAUGCCGGAUUUAGGUGGAGUUAAUCCAAUAAAUAACCCGAUGCCUGAACAAUUCCCAAUGGGAACACCUGCCGGUAUUUCACCGAAUGGACAGUUUCCUGCAAGACCAAAUGUAGAUAUGAACAACAAAAGUCCUUUACAGAGAGGAGAUUUUCCUGUUGAACAUGGAAACGGACAGAAUCCAGGUAUAUUCAAUCCGGGGAAUAUUCAAAUAAAUCAUCCAGCUAAUCAAUUUCCUGUGGAGAUGCCUAUUAACAUGAUUCCAAAUGGACAAACUGCUCCAGGAACUGCAGGUAACAGUAUGAUAAAUCCAAUAGACAGGGCAAAUACCCCUGGAAAUUUUAUUCCUUCAAGAAGACGACCACGUCCAGUAAAAUUCAAUCAAAUAAAAAAUCAAAUGCAUGAAAUGCAUGAAAUGACAAAUGCGAUAACGCCACCAGUAAUACAAUUGUCUCCAGAAAACAAUUUCCAAGCAAAUUCUUUACCAACAUCUAAUAUGAUUAAUCCACAAUUCCCUAUAUUCCAACCAGAAAGAAUUCAACCAGCAGGAAUGCAUCUGCCAAAUAAUGAAAUAUUACCCAAUAUUCAUGAACCGGAACACAAACACAAAAUGAGGGUACUUCCUAUGUGGAAUAGACCUGGAGAUAGAAGUCAUAUGCAACCAGCAAUGAAUCCAAACACGAACAGCUUAUUUCCCGCGCAUACACCAGGUUCGAACCCAAUAAUAAGAGAAAACCAGAACCAACCGUUACCAAGACGAACAGGAGUAAGUCCAGGUGAAUGGCUACGAUCAGGCGGAAACAAUUUGAUACCGGAUGUACCACAGCCUGAUCAAGGAAUUAUUACACCAAGUGAACAACUUUCAUCAGGGUGGCCAACACAUGGAGGCAAUAUAGGGGUACCUUUCCAUCCUGAUUAUCUUAACCCAAUAAGCCAUACAAAUGGAAAUUGGAAACGCAUGUGGAAGAAAAAGGGUGGUUACUAAUCAAAUCCUUCGGAAAUUGGUGUGUGAUACAGACAGCCCAAAUGAAGAAUAUGCGGUUAUAUUCGUUUUUUAAAGAAUUUAAAAUCAUAAAAGUUCAC